CGAUUUUCGUUUCAGCUCUAUUUUAAAUUGCAGCCACAAGAAAUAUACUGCCCUCCCCAAAAAGCAGAAAAAUCAAUUGUGUGAGCUUUCAAUAAGCUGAUAAUAAUUAUAACUAAGAAACUCACCGUUCAUAAUCCCGCGCUUUUUUUACCAAUCCAUAGGAAACAAAAACAACAUCAAAACACGCACUACCUGCAGAAAGAAACGGAAAGUGAAGUAAAAUCCACAGAUAGAAAGGAAAAAAAAGAGCGCAAAAAUGACUUCCGAUAUCACCAUGCAAUUGAUUGCCAUUUUGGAGAAGACGGUAUCGCCAGACAAAAAUGAACUGCUGUCGGCGAAGAACUUCCUGGAGCAGGCUGCGAACAGUAAUCUACCCGAAUUUCUCAAGGCGUUGUCAGAGAUCCUGGUUAACACGACAAACAGUGCGGUGGCUCGAAUGGCAGCCGGUCUUCAGCUGAAAAACCACCUGACCAGCAAGGACGAGAAGAUCAGCCAACAGUACCAGGAUCGCUGGCACCAGUUUCCCAGCGAGACCCGUGAGCUUAUCAAGAAUAACAUUCUUGCUGCUUUGGGUACCGAGAACACAAGACCCUCCUGCGCCGCCCAGUGUGUGGCCUAUGUGGCCGUGAUCGAGUUGCCGAUUAACCGCUGGCCCAUGCUCAUCCAGACACUGGUGAACAAGGUGGUCAGUGAAGGAUCCAGUGAGAUGCAUCGUGAGUCGGCGCUAGAGGCGAUUGGCUAUAUUUGCCAAGACAUUCGUUUCGGAGUGCUAGAAAACCAGUCUAACGAUGUGCUCACUGCUAUCAUACACGGCAUGAGAAAGGUAGAACCAAGCAAUCAUGUCCGUUUGGCGGCCACCACGGCCCUCCACAACUCGUUGGAGUUUACUAAAUCGAACUUCGAAAAGGACAUGGAGCGUAACUUCAUCAUGGAGGUAGUGUGCGAAGCCACUCAGUGCCAGGAUUCGCAAAUUUGCGUAGCAGCCCUUCAGUGUUUGGUGAAGGUUAUGACUCUAUACUAUCAGUUCAUGGAGCCCUACAUGGCGCAGGCUCUCUUUCCGAUCACUUUGGCAGCCAUGAAGGCGGAAAACGAUGCAGUGGCUCUGCAGGGAAUAGAAUUCUGGUCGAACGUUUGUGACGAGGAGAUCGAUUUGGCCAUCGAGAGUCAAGAGGCCACUGAUCAGGGCAGGGCUCCGCAGCGGGUAUCCAAGCAUUAUGCUCGCGGUGCUUUGCAGUUCUUGACGCCCGUGCUCGUCGAAAAGCUAACCAAGCAAGAUGAGUGUGAUGACGAGGACACCUGGAGCCCGGCGAAGGCUUCCUCCGUGUGUCUUAUGGUGCUGGCCACCUGUUGCGAGGACGAGAUCGUGCCUCAUGUGCUGCCCUUCAUCAAGGAAAAUAUCGAGUCACCCAAUUGGCGUUUCCGUGACGCUGCAGUGAUGACCUUCGGUUCAGUGCUGAAUGGAUUGGAAACAAACACUCUGAAGCCUCUUGUGGAGCAGGCCAUGCCCACGCUCAUCCGACUUAUGUACGAUUCGAGCGUUAUUGUGCGUGACACCACCGCCUGGACUUUCGGGCGCAUCUGCGAUAUCAUUCCCGAGGCGGCGAUCAACAAGACAUAUCUCCAGACUCUGCUAGAGUGCUUCGUGAAGAGCUUAAAAUCGGAGCCCCGCGUGGCGGCCAAUGUGUGCUGGGCCUUUAUCGGCCUUUCGGAUGCCGCUUACGAGGCAGCGGUCACCACAGAGGGUGAGACCCCGGAGACCUACGCUCUGUCUCCGUACUUUGAGUACAUCAUCACCCAACUGCUUGAGACUACCGAUCGAUCUGAUGGAGCUCAGGCCAAUUUGCGAGGAGCUGCCUAUGAAGCACUCAUGGAUAUGAUUAAGAAUUCGCCGCUGGAUUGCUAUCUGCUGGUGCAGCACACCACGCUGGUGAUUCUUGAGCGCUUGAACCAGGUGAUGCAGAUGGAAACGCAGAUUAAUAACCACAGCGAUCGGCAUCAGUUUAACGACCUGCAAUCCCUACUGUGUGCCACACUGCAAAGUGUUUUGCGGAAGGUUCAGGAGACGGAUGCUCCUCAAAUUUCUGAUGCCAUCAUGACCGCUCUGCUAACCAUGUUUAACUCGAGUGCCGGAAAGUCGGGUGGCGUCCAGGAGGAUGCCUUCCUGGCCGUUUCCACAUUGGUGGAACUUUUGGGAGCACAGUUUGCCAAAUACAUGCCAGCUUUCAAAGACUUCCUUGUCAUGGGCUUAAAAAAUCACGAAGAGUACCAGGUCUGUUGCGCUUCUGUCGGCCUUACUGGUGACAUUUUCCGCGCCCUUAAGGACCAAAUGGUGCCCUACUCUGAUGAGAUAAUGUCCGUGUUGAUGAACGACUUGGCCGAACCGACCCUUCAUCGCAGCGUCAAGCCACAAAUCCUGUCGGCCUUCGGUGACAUUGCCUUGAGCAUUGGUAGCCACUUUUUGAAAUACCUGAGCGUUGUCCUAGAAAUGUUGCGUGUUGCGUCUAAUCUGCAAAACGACGCCAACAACUUUGAUAUGAACGAAUACAUCAACGAGCUACGUGAGAGCGUGCUUGAAGCCUACACUGGCAUAAUCCAGGGCCUUAAGGGCACUGACCAGAUGGCUCAUCCCGACGUUUUUCACAUGGAGCCACACCUUAUGCACAUAAUAUCCUUUAUCAAGCGCAUUGCCCAGGAAGGCAAUGUGUCCGACUCAAUGAUGGCCAGUGCCGCCGGCUUUAUUGGUGAUCUUUGCACCUCCUUCGGUCCGCGUCUGUACCCUUUGUUAGACGAUGCGAUUAUUACCCACUUCCUUGCCGAGGGCAAGCGCUCCAAGGGCCAGCGCACCAAGAUGCUGUGCACCUGGGCCGUCAAGGAGAUCAAGAAGAUCAACAGCCAGGUCAUCGCGCAAUAGAUUGCCUGCUAGAGGUUAAUGUUUCCCUGCUUCCCACUAGACCCUAAAGAUUGUAUGUUAUGCAGCCAAACUGUCCAGUCCGAAUUCUCUGAUUAAAAGAUUCUACCUGCUAAGUUUGUUUGUCCGAUCUAUUGUUGCUGUGCAACUAGUAAAUGCUAAGAUAAAAUGUUUAAAAACCCCAACUAGAUCUAAGCUUAAAACCGAACCUCUGUUUCGAUUUAAUAUUUUUUAUAAGCCCUGUUAAUAUUCAUGUGAGUUUUUUUUAACCCUUUAUCGAUUGUCCUCUCGCUCGGUAAUGCAAACCCAAAAGCAGGCUGACCAUCGACUAAAACAUACAAUAUUGAUAAUUAUCGCGGCAUAGAACUAUGACAUUUAUUUAAAAAAAAGAAAACAUUGGCUUUAAGGGCAGCCUUCUUUUGGGUUUUGUUCCGUAAAACGGCGAUUAAGUAGCCCGAUUUUAAGCAUUACCAAAAAGCUAACGAAGCUGUUAUAAAAAAAAUCCUAUGUGAAAUCUAAAUUUAUUUGUAAAAAUCGGUAGAAAAUAUUUGCUUAAAGUAUAUAAAACACAUUAAAUGCACACCUUUGGAAACAUUAA